GCGCCUGCGCGAGUCGCUUCUGCGGCGUGAGGCAGUCAAGAGCUCUGCGGGUGCACGUGGAGCCGAACUUUGCUGCGUGGUGUCCCGGCCGGAGCCCCCUCACGUACCAUGGGGCGCAAGUUGGAUCCUACAAAGAAAGAAAAGCGCGGGCCUGGCCGAAAGGCCCGAAAACAGAAGAGCGCUGAGACUGAGCUCGUCAGAUUCUUGCCUGCAGCUAGUGAUGAAAAUUCCAAGAGGCUGUCUAGUCGUGCUCGAAAGAGGGCAGCCAAGAGGAGGUUGGGGUCUUUUGAAGUCUCUAAGACAAACAAAUCUCCUGGGACCAAAACAUUACCUGGAAAGCUACCAAAAGGAGCAGUCCAGACACCUGGUGAGAAGAGAGCCCAGUCCUUAAUUAACACUGGUCGAGGUAAGAAGCGCCCAGCCCCACCACAUAGCAGUGACGAGGAAGAGGAGGAGGAAGACUCUGAAGAAGAUGGUGUGGUGAACCAGGGGGACCUCUGGGGCUCUGAGGACAGUGAUGCUGAUAUGGUUGAUGACUAUGGAGCUGACUCCAGAUCAGAGGAUGAGGAUGCAGGUGAAAAGUUGCUGCCCAUUGAAAGAGCUGCUCAGAAGCAGAAGGCUCAGGAAGCUGCUGCUGGGGACCAGUGGAGUGAGGAGACUGAUGAAGAGGAAGACGAGGAAAUAUUUCCUGAGUCAGGCCCCAGAAAGGAUGGUGAAACAGAUGGAAGCCUGCAGAUCAAUGUGGACGAGGAGGAGCACUUUGUGCUGCCCUCUUCCGGGGAUAUGGAGCAGGAUGCUCAGGCUCCAGACCUGCAACGAGUUCACAAGCGGAUUCAGGAUAUAGUGGGAGUGCUGCGUGAUUUUGGGGCUCAGCGGGAAGAAGGUCGGUCUCGUUCUGAAUAUUUGAAUCGGCUUCAGAAGGACCUGGCCACUUAUUACUCAUAUGGAGACUUCCUGCUUGGCAAACUUAUGGAGCUCUUCCCUUUGUCUGAGCUAAUAGAGUUCUUAGAAGCCAAUGAGGUACCUCGUCCCAUCACCCUCCGGACCAAUACCUUGAAAACUCGACGCCGGGACCUUGCUCAGGCUCUAAUUAAUCGUGGGGUUAACCUGGAUCCCUUGGGCAAAUGGUCAAAGACUGGACUUGUAGUAUAUGAUUCUUCAGUGCCCAUUGGUGCUACUCCUGAGUACCUGGCUGGGCACUAUAUGCUGCAGGGAGCCUCCAGCAUGUUGCCCAUUGUGGCCUUGGCACCCCAGGAACAUGAGCGGAUCCUGGACAUGUGUUGUGCUCCUGGAGGAAAGACAAGUUACAUAGCUCAACUGAUGAAGAACACAGGUGUGAUCCUUGCCAAUGAUGCCAGUGCUGAGCGGCUCAAGAGUGUUGUGGGCAAUCUACACCGAUUGGGAGUCACCAACACCAUUAUUAGCCACUAUGAUGGACGCCAGUUCCCCAAGGUGGUAGGGGGCUUUGACCGAGUACUGCUGGAUGCUCCUUGCAGUGGCACUGGAGUCAUCUCUAAAGACCCAGCUGUGAAGACUAACAAGGAUGAGAAGGACAUUCUGCGCUGUGCUCACCUUCAGAAAGAGUUGCUCCUGAGUGCUAUUGACUCUGUCAAUGCCACAUCCAAGACAGGAGGUUACCUGGUCUACUGCACGUGUUCUAUCAUGGUGGAAGAGAACGAGUGGGUGGUAGACUAUGCCUUGAAAAAGAGGAAUGUGCGGCUGGUGCCCACAGGCCUGGACUUUGGUCAGGAAGGUUUUACCCGCUUUCGAGAAAGGCGCUUCCACCCUACCCUGCGUUCUACCCGACGCUUCUACCCUCACACCCACAAUAUGGAUGGUUUCUUUAUUGCCAAGUUCAAGAAAUUCUCCAAUUCUAUUCCUCAGUCCCAAACAGCUACCCCUACAGAUCUAGACAUGCCUGACCUGGUCACCAACAAGUCUGAGAAGAGCCACCCAGACAAAAAAGCCAAAGGGACUGCAAAGGCAAAGCAGCAGUUGGAGAAACGUCAGCAUCCCAAAAAGGCCACCCUCCAGAAGGUGAAUGGCAUCUCCAAAGGGCCAGAGUCAGAAUUGUCUGCUGUACCUUCUGUCAUAAAGGGCCAAGCAUCCUCAAGGCUCCAGGAGAGCAGUCAGUCUGCUGGAAAAGCUAAAGUGAUAAGGGAACCAAAGGUGACUGGCAAGCUAAAGCGACAGGCUCUUAAAUUCCAGAAGAAGAAAGCCCCUCUUGUGGGUGUGGACACAGAAACACCUGCUGUGCUAUCCCUUUCUAAGACUCAGGCCACUCCAAGGCUUAAGAACUGUGAUCAGUCCCUUGGGAAGGCCAAAGGGACUGAGAAAAUAAAGCAGCAGAAACAGAAUGGCACCUCUAAGGGAACUCCAGCUCCCACUGGGUCUCCUUUCAGUUCCAGCCGGCCCCCACUAGCAAAGAGGAGAAAAUCUGUAGCCAGCAGGCAGCCUCUGCUGUCUUAGAGGGAUGUGGGAAACUAAGACUGGGCUGGUUCACUGCCGUUGUCAUUGGGUUGGAGCUCUGUGAGGAUGGCGUUCCUGCUGUUCAUACACAUGAAAUUUAAUACAC